AUGAGUGAGUCCAGUCCCCCGACCACUGAACGCUCAGCUGUCGAUGGCCGCGAUGGCACUACUGUGAGUCAGGCGCGCGACUUUGCGAGUGGGGAAGAGCGGAUGAGGCUGAGAAGCGGUAGAAUCAUCGUCUUUGAUGCUGACGAAGCAACGAACCUCGUCGCUGCUCGUGAGGCUGCAAAGAAGUUCAUGAGCCUUUUUCCUGACAAAGUGGGGCCGCGCGGCCUAAUGAAACCUAACGGUCAAGUCGACAAACUGAACGUAGAAGCCGUGAAGAGCUACAUGAACUCGCAUCCUCAAACAAAUGCAGCUGUGGUAGGACUGUUUGGCGCCAACGCACGCGAUCCAAUGCCACGCGCAAGAAUUAUACUUCGUCGGAUUUUCCAGGCAGAGAAACUGCGCGUUCAUGCCCCGAAAGAAUAUUUAAAGUCGUUUCUAGCGAAAGGUCAUAGGCCUGCGGCGGUCGUCGUUGCUCUCACGAGAAUGGUAGGUCCGGAAGUUUCCGAAGAGGAAUUGGUGCGCAUAGUGGUUUUUUAUGUCAGUGAGUAUGCUAAGACGCGUGGGAAGAAAGUCGGCAACAAUGUGUUGCGUAAAGUGAGGUCGGCAGUCCGCAACAUCAUGGACAAACUCGCACAUAAGCAACCGGUCGCGCAGACGAGUGCAGGCGACAAAUCUCCCACACAGCCUCUACACGAGAGGCUGAUAAAAGCUGGCGACCAAUGA